AUGAAAAUAAACAGCCUGGUUGAAAGGAAAAAGGAAUUGAAAGUAGGAAACAAGGAAAAUGAUUGCGUACUGCCAGAGGAUUUGAAGAAUUUUUACCUGAUGACAAAUGGCUUCCACAUGUUGUGGAAUGUGAAACUAGAUGGUUAUCCCAUCCCAUUGGGCAGCCUGAUGAUUAAGAGCAUCAUGAAGUUGAACCAGCUCCACCAGACCUCUGUUUAUUUGCUUCCAAAUUGUCCAAGUCUUGUGGAUGUGAAGGAAGAUGAAGAGGAAGGGUUGGUAGCUAAUGGGGAUGACCCAGAGAAGUCAUACUUUGACUCUAGAAAUAGGAUUUUUGAACUGGAUUCCUGCAGUGGAAAUGGGAAAGUCUGCCUUGUUUGUAAAAAAGAUAAACCAGAACCUCAAGAUGCUGAGAUCUGGUUUCUGGACAGAGUUUUAUACUGUCAUUUUCUCAGUGACUCCUUUACUACCUACUAUGGCCUACUGAUCACUCAACUUGGCUUCCCCCAGUGGCAGUAUGCUUUCACCAGCUAUGGCAUUAGUCCACAGGCCAGGUAA